AUGCCUGAAAGCAUAGCUCAACGAUUAAUUGCUGGAGAAACAUUUAUUUCAGACAAGUACGAGGAGGUGACAUGUUUUUUCAGUGAUUUAUACGGAUUGUUGGAUUUAAAUCUUUCUGCAUUUGAAUUGGUUCAAACCUUAAAUUUGAUAAUUCACCAAUUUGAUGAUUUGACCUUGACAUUAAAUUUAGAGAAAAUCAAAACAAUUGGAUCAAAAUAUUUCUGUUGUGGAGGUUUGAAACAAGAUUCAGCGGCAGAAUUACCUCACUGGGAACGAAUGUUUGAUUUUUCGAUUCAAUUAUUUGACAUUGUUGAGUCGUUCCGUGAAGAGAAUGGUCUCAAUAUUGGAUUGAAAGUUGGUAUGCAUGUUGGACCAGUGGUGGCAGGAAUUUGCGGAACUUUGAAAUAUGCAUUUGAUAUUUGGGGAGAUACUGUGAAUACCGCCAGUAGAAUGGAGAGCACAUGUCCAAAAGGUCACAUUCAAGUCACAUCCAUCUGUUAUCAAAAAUUGAAAGACAAGUAUAAAUUUUCCGAACAAAGUGUUGAAGUUAAAGGAAAAGGUUUAAUGCAGACCUUUCUUUUCAAACCAGAGAGAAAUUCAUCCAAUGGAGUACUACUUCUUAAUACCGAACCCAUUAGCUCUAGCGACAGUCUUGGUUCUAAACCAAGUUUGAAAGCACUGUUAGUUGGUUCCCCUUUAAGAAAUGCCAUUCAAGACCUUCUUGUCUCAAAUAGUAAUGAGGAAGGAACUCAUCAAGAUUAA